GUCUCAAUGCUACACACCACAUCACCUAGCGCAGACGUUUCCUUCCGCCGCCAUCCUCCAUCCCAGUCCCAGACAGAAAACACGAGCCUGCAGGUAAACAUGAGCUUCACAGUGGAACAGAGGGGAUCCCUCAACGCCCUGAGCUUCCGCCUGUUCUUCAAAAAUGCAGAAGGAAAGUACAUCUCACCAUUCCAUGACAUACCGAUAUAUGCUGAUGAGAGUCAGAACAUCUUUCACAUGGUUGUUGAAGUACCAAGAUGGACGAAUGCAAAGAUGGAGAUCGCUACAAAAGACCUCUUAAACCCGAUAAAGCAAGAUGUGAAGAAGGGCAAGUUGCGCUAUGUUGCCAAUGUUUUCCCACAUAAAGGCUACAUAUGGAACUACGGAGCCAUUCCUCAGACAUGGGAAGAUCCCGCACACAAAGAUGGAGACACCGACUGCUGUGGUGACAACGACCCCAUCGAUGUCUGUGAAAUCGGCAGUAAGGUGUGUUCCCGUGGGGAGGUAAUCAAAGUGAAGGUGCUCGGGAUCCUGGCCAUGAUCGAUGAGGGUGAGACUGAUUGGAAGGUGAUUGCAAUCAAUGUAGAAGAUCCUGAAGCCAACGACUUAAACAACAUCAGUGACGUCCAGCGCCUGAAACCAGGCUAUUUGGAGGCCACAGUCGACUGGUUCAGGAGGUACAAAGUGCCAGAUGGGAAACCAGAGAACCGGUUUGCUUUCAAUGAGGAGUUCAAAGACAAGGACUUUGCCAUUGAAGUAAUCAAGGCCACUCACAACUUCUGGAAAGCCCUCAUUUCCCAAAAGGCCAAAGCUGGUGAACUGAACUGCAAAAACACGUGUGUCUCGGCCAGCGACAGCCCUUUCUGCUGCUCAGCAGAUGAGGCUAAAGCUGUUGUUGAAGCGUGUCCUUGUGGAAAAGAUGAAGAUAUCCCCUCAUCAGUAGAUAAAUGGUUCUACUAUGAGAAGAAGUAAUCCGGGAGCUGUUUGGAUUGGAGCAGAGGGAAAGGCUCAUCUCUCAGGAAUACAUGAAGAUGGUCUUAUAUUAGGAACCAAUGGGAUGGCAGGAUGGGGACAUGGAUGAUUGGGUCUGGGUCAGCUGUUUUACUGUAGAUGGAGAGAUAGUGGUUAGAUUCAAUAGAGAAAGUCCAAAAAAAAUCUCUCAUGUCUUGACCAAUGGAUUUUCACUUACUUAUGAAAAAAUCUCUUUGGAGAUGUGCUACCAUGAACAAAGUAACAGGUACUGUGCCUCAUAGAUACUUGCAUCCUGUGUGAGACUCUGAACUGCUUUAAUAAAGCUUCUCUGGUUAAAUUAUCAACAAAGUGUUAUUAUUCUUCCCCCAGCUACUGGAAAAUAAAAUAAUUGCACAGCACUUGUUAGUUACGGAUUUGACUCUAAAUUAGGAGAAGAGAAGUUUAGUUUCCCUGUCCAUGUGAGUCACAAGUUUAAUGAGCGGAGCAGUUAAUAAGAGGUAUGAGAAACAAGCUGAGAUUUUUUUAUCCCAGGCUUUGAACUAACUUCUCAUAGUUACAAUACUGCUGCCUAGUGGCCAGUGUUCUACAUUACCUUUCUAUUUGCAAUUUAACAUGUUCACAUAAAUGCCCAGUGUUUUCACAUGACUGUUGUUAGGUCAUUCCUUUGUCUUGACUGUUUUCCAUAAAUGUGGACUAUCGA